AUGGCCCUCACAGGAAACAUCAACCAUGCUCUCAUCACUCACAAGUCCACCAACGACACAAUCGUCAAACUCAAGCGUUACUCAUCACUCUCUCUCUGUCUGUACAUUCUCUCUCUCUGUCUCUCAUCUCUGUCUCUGUACAUUCUCUCUCUUCUCUCUCCAUCUCAUCUCAGUCUGACCUUUGACCUUCUGCCCACACAGAAAGCCCGGUUGGCCAGGAUAAGAAUAGCCAAGACAGGCAGCUCCAACGCCUAUCUGCAGACCAAGAGGAAUGGCCUUUUCAACGAGCAGCUGGAGCUCACGCCACCAUGCAAGCAAAACCAUUUUCUGGAGGACUCAGGGCAGGACGACAACCAGAAGCUGAGCCAGACAUCGUCGUGGCUGGAGAGCCAGCACCACCUGCUGCUGUGUCUGGAGAAGACCACGGCUCAUGAGUUUGUGGACGAACAGGCGUACGAGCAGAACUUCCUGGAGACCGCGCUCCAGAACUACCCCCCUGCCUCGCGGAGCCCCUCCCUCUCCAGCCAGGAGAGCACCUGCUGCUCCCACAGGAGGAGCAAGAGGGCACUGCCUAACGCCUCCCCCUCGCCCUCCCUGGCCCUGCAGGUCACCCCCCUGGCCCCCCAGGCCCCCCUCCAGGAGCUGAGUGCCAGCCACAUCCAGCAGAGAGGAGAGCAGCAGCUCCACUCCUCCAGUCGUUCCAGCCUCAACAUGAAGCCAGGGGAAGUGGGCAGGAUCAACUGCAAGGGAGGUCAGAUCACCACGGCGAUCAUAAGCAUCCCCACCCCCACCGCCCUGACCCCAGAUGGAGACGGCCUCCACGGGCCCGCCCAGCGCCAGCCCCCCCGCCCCGCCCCCAGCGCCCCCCGGCCCCCUGGAAUCCCCCAGCCCCCCAGCGUUCAGACCACCAGCUCCAACAUCGUCAAAGUGUCUGCUCUGUGACUGACUGACUGACUGACUGACUGGCUGGCUGAAUACCUCACUGGAUGUGACUGGCUGGCUGAUUGACUGACUGGCUGGAAGGCUGGUUAACUGGCUGGAUGACUGGCUGGCUGGCAGGAUGAUUGUUGUGAGCAGCAGACCAGAAGGAGAACCUGCUCUGAUUUGAAGAACUCUUGACUGUCCCUGGCUGUGUGAAUAGGACUUCACUUCCUGUUGACAACAAGGUCAGGAAGCACUUCCUGUUAGCAACCUAUUAGGAAGCACUUCCUGUUAGCAACCGGUUAGGAAGCAGACAAUAGGAUGAUCCUAGAACGCGAGUUCAGGCCGGCAGAAGUGCAUCAUGGGAACAAGGAAGUGAGACUGUGGAUGUAGACGUUGUGUACUGUUUCCUGUAGACUUGGUCACGGCGUGGAUAUGUGUGGAUCUUUAUAACUCUGGAGAGGAGAGGGAAGUGGACUAUCUAGCUUGACGUCACUUUGUGGUUCUAAUUUGUGUUAUGUGUUGUUUUGUCUUAAAUAGUUAUUACACGUAUGGAUUCGAUUUGGGAAUUUUAGUUUUUGGACAUCUGAACGUGUGUGUGUGUGUGUGUAGGCUUGAUGUUUUGGAUCACAAUGGUUCCUUCACUGUUGUUCCCAACCUUCAUAGAGUGUUGAACCACUAUCGCCUGACUUUUUCCCCCUCUUAUUUCUUUCUACCUAUUCUCUCACAUUCUCCCUCUUCUCUCUCUCAUUCUCUUUAUAGUUCCCCCUCCUCUCUUUCCUCCCUCUUUACCUCCCACCUUCUAACCCUCCCUUGUAUCUGUCUGUCCCCUCUCUAUCUCUCCCUCAUUUUCUCCACCCCCACACUCUCUCUCCCUCUCAUCUUCCUCUCCCUCUCUCUCUCCCUCUCUCCCUCUCAUCUUCCUCUCUAUCCCUACCUCUCUCACCCCCUCCCUCCCUCUCUCUCUCUCUCUCUCUCUCUCCCUUUCUAUAUCUCUCCUUUUCUAUUGAUCGACUUAGUCAAGGUCCAUAGCUUGUGACCUCAACGUGUUCAGUAAAACAAUAACAACAAAAGAACGUAGUUUUUAAAUGUAAAUUAUUCAUUUUUAUCUGUAUGUUUCAAUAUGAUAUAUUUUGCGUUGGCUUUUAUGUUUAGUGUGUGUUCGACCAGGUAUUAAAUAGAGCUGAGGUUGUUUUGAAAAGGAUGCGAUGAACCUGUGCUCAAAUGUAACUGUGGAUGUCCAACCUGUCACGUGACACAUCACAUGAUAUUUAAUAUCACAUGGCAGCUCUCGUCGCACAACAUAUAUCACAUGAUGUAUCAGGUCACAUGACAUAUCACGUGACAUUUCACAUCCCAUGAGGUACGAGCAGGACAAUAGCAACGUGACACACUAUCGUACUAAACUCACUGUCCAUGUUAGCCAAGAUUCUCUCAACACACCUGGUUUGUUCUUAAGAAACAACUAGUAGUUUUUAACCUUUUAAGGAGUUCU